UCGGGAGGGGCAGACGAGGGAAGCGGAGAGAGACUGGUCGCACGGGCAAGUGAAAAACCAUGAUCCUUGCGGGCCACCGUCCCGGAAGUGGCAUUUAGAGGAAGGAAUUAGCUAGGUGGUUGGGCUGUUGUUCAAGCGUUUACGUGUGGAUUCCCAGAACUUUUUGUGGCAUGUAUUGGCCAGGAGGGACUCAAAGAUUUUAGUUAUGACACCUGAAGGAGCUAGCUCCUCUGCUGAGCCCGACCCAUAGGUGGUGGCGUAGAAUGUAGUUCAGGAUGAGCCUCGAGGCAGCUGGCAAGAGUCCAUUCGGAGAAAGUCGGUCUGCGCUCUUCUCGGUGGCGACCUUAAUUAGAAACGGGCUGAUCCUUUAGUGGCCCAUCAUGGCCCAGCGAGCAGUGUGGCUCAUAAGCCACGAACCGGGAACUCCACUUUGUGGCAUCGUGAGAUUCUCCAGACGGUAUCCAACUGUUGAAAAACGAGCCAAAGUCUUCAAUGGAGCAACUUAUGUACCUAUUCCUGAAGAUGGACCCUUUCUUAAAGCACUACUCUUCAAACUUAGAUUAUUGGAUGGUGAUACAGACUUUGUUGAAAGCCGUGAUGGCUGUUCACGCAUCAAUAAAACAUCUGUCUAUGGACUCCCAGUAGAAAGUGAAGAAAUCUGGCCAGUUGUUGCUUUUCUGAAGAAUGGCAUAAUAUAUGCUUGUGUUCCACUAGUUGAACAAACUUUAUCUCCUUGUCCACCAUUAAUUAGCAUUAGUGGAAUUUCACAAGGCUUUGAACUUCUUUUUGGGUUGCAGGAUUUUCUUUACUCAGGUCAAAAAAAUGAAGCUGAACUAAAUACAAAAUUGAACCAGUUGCCUGACUUGCUUCUACAUUCUUGUCCAUUUGGUACUUUGUUAGAUGCCAACUUACAGAAUACAUUAGAUGGUGUUAAUUUUGCAUCUGUGUCUCAGCCACAAAAACAGCCAGCCUGGAAAGUUGGAGCAUACAAAGGAAAACCACAAGUUUCUAUUUCUAUCACUGAAAAGGUAAAGUCCAUGCAAUAUGAUAAGCGGGAUAUAGCAGACAUGUGGCAAGUCGUUGGAGUUGUAACUUGCAAGUGUGAUUUGGAAGGAGUCAUGCCAAAUGUUACCAUCAGCUUGAGUCUUCCCACCAAUGGAUCUCCACUUCAGGAUAUUCUGGUUCAUCCUUGUGUGACUUCUCUUGACUCCGCCAUUCUGACUUCUAGUAGUAUUGAUUCAAUGGAUGAUUCUGCAUUUAGUGGACCUUACAAAUUUCCAUUCAGUCCACCUUUAGAGUCAUUCAACUUAUGCUACUAUACUUCCCAGGUCCCUGUCCCACCAAUUUUGGGGUUUUAUCAAAUGAAAGAGGAAGAAGUUCAACUAAAAGUAACAGUUAAUUUAAAACUUCAUGAAAGUGUGAAAAAUAAUUUUGAAUUCUGUGAAGCUCAUAUACCUUUUUACAAUAGAGGUCCAAUCACACAUUUGGAAUACAAAGUUAGUUUUGGCCAACUUGAAAUAUUUCGAGAGAAAAGCUUACUGAUCUGGAUUAUUGGCCAAAAAUUCCCAAAAUCAAUGGAAAUUAAUCUUUCUGGAACUGUAACUUUUGGAGCCAAGACCCAUGAAAAGCAGCCAUUUGACCAGAUUUGUAUUGGAGGUACAGCAUAUGUAAAGCUUCAUUUUAGGAUCUUAGAUUACACACUUACAGGGUGUUAUGCGGAUCAGCAUUCAGUUCAAGUUUUUGCACCAGGAAAACCAAAAAUAAGUACACAUCGGAAACUAAUUUCUUCUGAUUAUUACAUCUGGAAUUCUAAAGCUCCUGCUCCAGUAGCAUAUGGAUCAUUAUUAUUGUAAUUGUCUCAUGUUUGAAUGAGAAACAUUUAUAAUAUGGUAACAUCUCUUAAAUGUAAUCAUGUAUUUUUAAUGUGUAUGAUUAUAACAGGCCUUAGUGAAAAAUCAUUAAAUAAUUUAAAUAUUUAAAGUGCUCUUAUUUAUGUCCUUAGUCUGGUAUAGUUUGAAAGAGCAUUUUAAAUAUGAAUGUCUCCAGUUUUGUUACUUUUUGAUUUUACUUGAAUAUGAUUCCGAGCACAAAACAAUAGUGGUUCUCCUUAGGCUAAUGCUGUACUAGUGCUGGCCACUAGUCAUUCUGCCAUCCAUGUGCCUUCUACCCCUGUAGCAGACUCUGCUAAUCAGUGGCAGCCCUCUUUCUUCCCUGAACCCUCCUGGGUAAGGGCUCAGGCUCGCUCUUAGUGCAGAGCUCUAGGCGACCACUACCAAUAGACUGUAGAUGGCAUGCAAGAUUAAAAAAAACAAAACAAAACAAAACAAAAAACUAUUUGCUCCUUCAAACCUAAAUUACUAAGCUCCUAGGACAAUGCAUUGUUACAGAAUACCAGAGACCACGUUAGAAACAACUGUAAAUCUCUUGAAAAAGCAGCCAGUGGAGAAAAAGAAAAAUUGUUUAAAUAUUAAUCUGCUCUUAAUUAGAUCUAUCCUAUUGACUAAUAAAGAAUAUUAUUAUAAUGGCAUAGUUCUGUUUGAUGUGCUUAUCUCUGUUCUGGAAUAAUUUUUUUUCAAGUGCCUGCUAAUAUGCCACAAUAACAUUUUGCUUAGGAUGUCAGCAAGCGUGGUAAGAGGGAUGGAAUUCCUUCAGAAGAUGAGCAUAGUGUUUUGAGAUCACUUAAUGUCUGUAGUCAAAUUUUAAAUGAUACAUUAUGGUAUAAUAUUACUUUUUCCUUGUUUUAUUAUAUUAAAAUUCAUUGAAUGAAUUCAUGUAAAUAUUCAAAAGCCAUUCAAUUGUACCAUAUUAUCUUAUUUCAGUCUCAUGUAGUGUAUUUUCUUAUUAGCAUUCUACUGCUUUGUUCAGAAAAAUCUAGUCCUACUCUCUAUUCUCUGUCUUAAUUACAAUUAUAUUUUGCAUUCUGUUUUCACAGUACAUUGUCAAUUUGGACUUUUAAGUGACCAUUCAAAACAAAAUGAAAUCUCAAGAUCCUCAAACUUAAUUCAUGUGAAGGUUCUUUUUACACAACUGAAAGAAAGAGUGUUAUGAGUGUUAUGCAAAAUAUGCAUUACAAAUUAUUAUUCAAUCUAGUGGUAUCUUAGUUUCCAUUGUUUAACGAGUCUUCUAAGGAAAACUUUAGAAGAAUUUGCUUAUGCCUCGAGAAGAGCUAUGAUCGUUUGAAGGGAUAUUGCAUAUAAAUUUGGGAUUCAGAAUAUGAUUUUUAUAAUUAGGGUCAAUCCUAAUCAUUAUAAAUUCUCAUUUCCUGCCAAGCAUUUUCAUGGCAUAAUGGUUCAUGUUAAAAAUUAUCCCAAGUAACAAAGAAAACAGAAUAGUUUCCUGACCAGGACUUCAACUUGUUCUAAUUUAAUCACAGAUAAUUAGUAAUAAAAACUUCCAUUUUGAAAGAAGAAGAAAACAUUCCCCAUAAGUUGUUUGAGCUCCCUUAAACUUGAGAAAAUCUUAAAGGUUCACUUUUGUUAGCAUUAUUAAAGCUGUUUGGAAAUCUUGUUUACAUAAAUGUUUAGCAAAGUACAUUAAGAUAGGCAAGAGGCCUAUCUAGUGAGUAGGCAAAAAUUCAAUAUAAUAACCCUCUAGGCAAAACUUACUUUAUGAACAGUCAGAAAAACCAGUAAAUCUUUGAUUUGAUGUUUCUAGGAAGCUGAGGAAAAUCUAGGACUCCUGGAAAAGUGUAGGGCUAUAAGGAACCUGAUGCCAUCUGUUGCCAUUCCAUUCUAAGCAUAACGCUACAGAACUAAAACAAAUUCAUGUUUUCAUUCCAUUGAGAUCAGCUGAGCACGCUGCAAUGUUUUUGAUUUUGUCCAGAAACCUGUCACUUCAGGAUAAUUUCUGAAGACAAAGUUUGUUUCCCAUUUGGUAGGUGACCUGUUUAAUGUUUUCCCUGUGUCUGGGAACUCCUUAGUGUAAUUAGCGACCUUUGAACUCCACAACUAAUCCUGAGCUAUUUUGUAUUCCUUACUCAUCUUUAAGGCUGGACCUUUCUUUUCUUCAGAGUCCGCUGCCACAAUUAAAGAAGAAACAGCUGCAUUUCAAAGGGAUUCCGAUUCCAGAAGCUUAAUCGUGAUUGGCAUGUUCUUAUUCUAAGCUAUAAAACACUAUAAGAGUCCUUUCUUGGGUUAAAACUUCAAUCAUUUUCUAAAAAAUUAUCUCACUAUGGAUUUUAUUCAUUUUCUUUGAUAACUAUUCUUUGCAUUUUUUAACCUGAAAGAUGCUUUGCAUUUGCAGUGAAUAUGAGCAACUACUUCCAGUGAAAGAUUUGGAUGGUGUCAGACCUACUCUAAAUGCAAAAUUGCUAAAUUCCCUUUUUAGUGCCAAAAUAUGAUUUAUGAAAUCUGAUGUCUACCAUAGUGGUAAUUAUUCUUCAGCAAACCCAAAAGGUAAAAAAUGUUAAAUUUCUGAAAAUGAACUCAAGAAGGUUCAUGAUUAUAAUAAGCCCCUUAGAAUAUUUUUCUUCAUUUUUUACCAAACAGUAUUUUUAAAACUUUUUAAAGCAGCUAUGUAUUAGUAGGCAAUGCCCUUACAGUGGUGACAGUUUUACUUUUUAAAUAAGUGAUUCAAAUGUCAAGUUUGAAGUAAUUAGCCCUGUCAAGAAUUCUUAUGAGGAUUGUUUUUAAAAAUUGUUUUUAUUAAACAUUUGUCCCAUAAAAUAAUUUAAUCUUUUCUGUUAAGCAUCACUUUGGAUGUCACACCAACUCAAUAUCUCUAAUGAGUUAAAAUUGUGGUUUUAUAUACUGUAUGACUUAAUCUCUUCCAAAGCAGGCAUUUUAUACAAAAUAACAACUACUAUUUUUUUCUGGUUUUUGUUAUAGUAUUUCAAAAUACUCUAUAGACAUUCAUAGACUUCUGCAUUACCCAUGGGAGGGAAGUAGGUAGAAUUAUCCUCAAGAGCCUCUGUGGAGACUGCUGCCACAGCAGAAAAGUUGUUUCUAAGACAGAGGUCAAAAAAGGGAUGUUAAUAAACAGUCCUCAGGUUUAAGGGACUUUUUUAGGAUUACAUCUUAAAUUCCAACAAAUCAGAUUUAGGAGUUACUGAAAGUGAAAUUGAUCCAUCCCUCAUCCAAACUUUGCAAUACUUUCCUGUUCUGACAUCAUGUAGAUAGUUAGCUGUAUUAUCAGAUUAGAAACCAUUGUACCAGGCUGCCGAAAGGAAAAGGACGCAAAAAGCUAAACAUGGGAUGAAUUCUGAACCUUUUAACCUGGCUGAAGUACGUUGGUCCCUGUUAUGCAAAUACCUUCAAUCCUCUGCUAAGUUCAGUGGAAAUAAUUUUCUUGAAUGACAGGUUUAUUCAGUAAGGAUUCAGUUGGUGAUUAAUCCCCCUUUGAUCUAGGGUAUUUCACUUAACUACCAGUUACCUCGUUCUAACAAAGUGCAACUGAGAUUAGAGAGAUCACUAGAAUACAACCAGGGUGUGCAUUUAUUCUCUAUAACCUUUUAAAGCAAGGGCCAAGAAUGCAAUUUAUUUUCAGUAUUUGAAGAUGUAAAGUCCUGUCUGCUAAGUUAGAAAGUCAAUUGAAUACCAAAUAAAGUUUAUUUCUUACAUAAUAGAACAAACAUUUCUUUUUGCUUUGCCUAAGAAUGAUUUUAGGAAACAGUCUCCAAAGAAAGAAAAAUCGAAGACUACAUUCUAAAUAUAGUUCCCAGGGUUGUUUCACAUACUAGGGUGUAAGUAUACUUACUGGCCUUAAGAUAACCCAAAAAUCAACUUAGGUUGAGAAAAUACUUCUAUUUUAUUAAACUGCAUGAUUUCUUCCUCUCCCCUCCCCCAUUAAAAAAAUGUCAUGCUAUGUGGUAAAGAAAUCUAAUUGGGGAAAAGUAUUAUAAUACACAAUUUUCCAUAUAUAGCUUUUAAUUUCAAAGCUUUAUUUGACUUUGUCCUUGCUUAAGGAAAUAAAAAGCUUGUAUGUUCCCAUUAUAAGAGUAAUUGCAUUCAUUUUCAGAAUGAAGUUUUUUUAUAAAGAAGGUAAAUUAUACAAUUACCAAAAUACUUGAAAGUAAUGAUUUUAAAUUAUCAA